AUGACUGCAGAAGACGUUCAACCAAGUAAUAGAGAAGAGCAAGCCUAUCUUGAUCUUUGUCGGGAUAUUAUUGAAAAUGGCGAAAUCAGACCAGAUAGAACUGGAACCGGAACAAAAUCAUUGUUUGCACCUCUACAGCUUCGUUUUGAGUUGUCAAAUGACAACUUCCCGCUAUUAACAACAAAAAGAGUGUUUUUAAAAGGAAUAAUUCAUGAACUAUUAUGGUUCAUCAAUGGAUGCACUGAUGGUAAAAAGUUAUCCGAAAAAGGAGUAAAAAUUUGGGAAGGAAAUGGUUCUCGUGAGUAUCUUGAUAAAAUUGGUCUUAAAAAUAAUAGAGAAGGGGACCUUGGGCCUGUUUAUGGGUUUCAAUGGAGACAUUUUGGUGCUGAAUAUACCGAUUGCGACGCAGAUUACAGUGGUAAAGGUGUUGACCAGUUGGCUGAUGUGAUAUGGAAAUUGAAAAACAAUCCUUAUGAUAGAAGAAUUAUAAUGUCUGCUUGGAAUCCACCAGAUUUUCCAAAGAUGGCUUUACCACCAUGCCAUGUUUUCAGCCAAUUUUAUGUUAAUUUUCCUCCUGGGGGUUCUAAACCCAAAUUGAACUGUCUACUCUACCAAAGAUCUUGCGAUAUGGGACUUGGUGUGCCUUUUAAUAUUGCGUCAUACACUUUAUUAACAAAAUUAAUAGCAAUGGUGUGUGAUAUGGACUGUGGAACUUUUACACAUACAAUGGGUGAUGCUCAUGUUUAUAAUGACCAUAUUGAUGCAAUUCGCGAACAAUUGAAAAGAGUGCCCAGAACCUUUCCUAAACUUAUAAUAAAAAGAAAAGUGAAUGAUAUUGAUGAUUUCAAGUUUGAAGAUUUUGAAAUAGUCGAUUAUAACCCUUACCCAAAAAUUUCAAUGAACAUGAGUGUUUAA